AUGGCAUCUCCCACCUCACCACCAACACUCAAACACGUCCUCAACCUCAGCCUCACGCCAACCACGGUCCUCGACGCCGGCGCCACCCCACGCGGCCGUAUCAGCUGGGUAGAAACGCCGCUGGGCGAACUGACCACACCGUCGGGGACGAAGAUCGCCACCGUCCUGCCCGGUGGCGGCGACUACUGCACACGGCACGUCGACGAGCUGAUGAUCGAGGUCGACCUGCGAGUCGUCGCGCAAUCGGACCCGGACCCGACCACGGGCUCGUCGACGCUGUUCAAGUUCCAGAGCGUGGGCUACGACAAACUGAUCAAGCCUGUCAUGAGCGCCCUGGACGGCACCCCGGCGGAGCAGGAAGGAAGGGAGACCGCGGAAGCGGCAGGGGAGAUGCCGUCGGCGCUGUACGGCACCGAGGUGCUCUCGUGCAACACCUCUAGUAAAGAGUACUGGUGGCUGAACUUUGCGGUGCUGGUCGCCAAGGUCGCGCUGGUGCUCGGCCCCAAGGGCGUCGAGAAGGUCGAGUAUACGAUUUAUCAGGUGGUGGUCUGA